AUGACUGAUGAUGAAUUUUCAUCUUUUGCAUCAAACCCAUCAUACCUUUCAAAAACAUUAAAAUUACCCACAACAGUAUCAACACCGUUAGAAUCAUUAGCCAUAACAAGUUUGACUAGACUAGAAACGUUAAUAGAGACGUCAGGAGAAUUGUUCAAGUCAUUGUUAGAAUAUUCUCGAACCAUUUCAGAUAAAACCGAAGAGGAAAAGCGUAUAAAAGUUACAAAAUGUUAUGAGAAUUAUCAAAAGGUUGAAAAAGAAUUGAAAGGAUAUUUCGAUAAUAUCGUGGAACUUGAAGAAAAAAAGAAGAAGAGUCGAGAGGAGGCUAGAGCUCAAGGUUCAACAUCAUCACAACCAUUAUCGGCACUGAAUAAAUUGGUUGAAACUCGCGAUUCACUCUUACAGGAAUCGGAAACUCAGGAAACUCAUUUAACCAAUUUAUUAGAUCAAACUUAUAAAUUGCAAUUUCAAAUACAGACAUUAUUAGCAUGUAGUGAGCAGACGGUUGUUCAAUCCGAUCAACAACGAUAA